AUGGGACCUUGGUCUCAACAACCUCCAGGGGUCAUAGGCUCCUCAAACCAAGCUCAGGGCACUCAGCCGCCUUUCACCACUCAUUCAGGAGUCUACUCAAACCUUCAGCAAAGCCAAGCAAGUAUACAAAUAUCAAAUCCAAAUACAGCAGCCGAAGAAACAAAAUUUAAAGAAGAAGCAAAAGUUCUGGGGGGCAUCCAGAUCAUUAUUGGAUUGAUGCACAUUGGCUUCGGGAUUACUCUGGGUUCGUUGAGCUUCAGCUCUGUAACAGCCUUGGGUUUUGCCUCUCUUUCUUUUCUUAGCGGAUACACAUUCUGGGGCGGCAUCUCGUUCAUUAUUUCUGGCUCGCUUUCUGUGUCAGCUUCGAAGAUAUUUUCCUCUUGUCUGAUAAAAGGCAGUCUGGGAAUGAAUAUUGUUAGUGCUAUCUUUUCCAUAAGUGGACUGUUACUGUUGCUGGUGGACUUGAUCAUUAAUAGCGAUCUCAGGCAAAACGACUGGGCAUUGAUUGGUGGAAAAGGAAUUUCAGGUAUCUUGUUGAUCUUUACCCUCUUGGAGUUUUGCAUAACUUGUACAUUGGCCCAUUUCGCCACUCAAGCAAUUGCCAACUUUAACACGGGACUGACUUGA